AUGGCAGAUUUCGACGACCGUGGCUUUGCGGCGGUAAACGCCUUUUUUGGACACAGUGGCGCCACGGCGUCACAAUCGGACCCGCGCGCCAAUACUGAUGUUUCCUCGACCGCUGCCUCGAGUACCGCUGCUCACCGGAAUCGCCGCCAAGGCGUAGGCGCAAUCGCUUCGACUACUGAAACCAAGGCUGCAGCCCACGUUGCCAAAAGAGUCUUGCAGGUAGGUAACAAACGCAAACAUGAUGAUGAUGAGGAAGAUCUUGCCGUACAUGCAAAACUUGAGUACGAGAGCGGCGACGACGAGGAAGAUCGUGGGCGCACCGCAAUCGAAUCCAAAGCGGUAGUGGCAUCUACUGCACUAGCCGUUACGGCAAAGAAAAUAGCGCAGGGAGCUGGUUCGAAGAAGAAGAAAAAGGGCAAAAGAGAACGGCAGCAGCAAGUCUUGGACGGCAGUACUCCGCAGGAUAAGGUCGCCGAGACUGUCAAGUCGGAUGACCAGGGACCCAACGUAUCGGUCGCGUUGGGCGACGAGCACAACGCGGAAAAUUCCGACAACAAGGGCAAGAAGCGCAAACGCACUAAAGUUCGCUCCCGUCAAAAGAAUAUUUACAAGGACAAACGCGAACACAAACCGGAGCAUCUGGUGCCAGGCAAUAAGGAGUAUCAGGGACGGCCCUUGUCCGAAGCCACUCGCACCAAGCUGCAAUUGCCUCCAAGCAAAGCAGCCCAAAAUGUGACGAUGAUAUUGGAGGACCGGACAUGGACACCAAGCCGUUAG